AAAAAGGAGAAGGACCCCCGGCCAAAGGUCGGGCGCAAUGACUGGCACACCGCCCAGCCAAUGAGACAGCGAAGGGGGCGGGCCCAAGAGCCGGAAAUAUUCUCCCCUCUCCCUGUUUUUCCUAGAUUGGUGGCAUACACCAUGGUGGGUGCGUGCUGGAAGCUGUCUGUCUGGUUCUUUUGCUAUCAAGUUGUCUCUGCAAGAGUUAAGAAGGAGGGACAUUAUGUUGCUGCUGUGUAUGAGCAUGAGUCCAUCCUGAGUCCUGCCCCAGAAGCUCUGGUAGAUCGCCAGUCUGCGCUGGAACUCAUGGGCAGGAACCUGGACAUCUAUGAACAGCAAGCAGUGGCUGCUGCCAGACAGGGGGCCCAGAUCAUUGUUUUCCCUGAGGAUGGAAUCCAUGGCUUCAACUUCACCAGAAGCUCAAUUUAUCCUUACUUAGAUUUUGUUCUGCAUUCAGACUCUGUGAAGUGGAAUCCAUGCCGAGAGCCAUAUCUGUUCAAUGACACAGAGGUUCUCCAGCGUCUGAGCUGCAUGGCACUGAAAAACAAAAUAUUCCUUGUGGCAAACCUGGGAACCAAGCAGCCCUGUGAGCAGACUGAUCCUCGGUGCCCACCUGAUGGGAGGUACCAGUUCAACACCGACGUGGCGUUCGAUGGCGACGGCGUGCUGCUGGCCACGUACCGCAAACACAACCUCUACUUCGAGUAUGCUUUUGAUACUCCUCCAGAGCCUGACUAUAAAUUCUUUGAGACUCCUUUUGCUGGCAAGUUUGGCAUGUUCACUUGCUUCGACAUACUCUUUUUUGAGCCUGCAGUAAACCUCAUCAAGCAAUACAAUUUGAAGCAAAUUGCCUAUCCAACCGCCUGGAUGAACCAGCUCCCACUCCUGGCUGCUGUAGAGUUCCAACAAGCUUUUGCAACAGCUUUCAACAUCAAUAUUCUAGCAGCUAAUAUCCACCACCCUACCUUGGGCAUGACAGGGAGUGGCAUAUACACUCCAGUCAAAUCGUUCACCUACCACGACAUGGAAAGUUAUGGUGGUAAGCUCAUAGUAGCAGAAAUUCCUGUCAUUACCACAGAUUAUGAAGGCAAUCUUGACAGUAAUGAAGGAUUCAGAGAGAACUUACAUCCCUCAUGCAAGACUUCUACAGGCAUCUUCCUGGAUGAUCAAGUUUGCUUUAAGGAGGGAGAAGAGACCCCCAGCAGAGUAUCAGAAAAAGGAAAGGAACAGUUACCUCCCCUAUUUUAUGCAGAAAUGAUGUAUGACAACUUUACUUUUGUUCCUUUAUGGGGGGAAAAAGGAGAGCUCCAGGUUUGUGCCAAUACCCUUUGUUGUUACUUAAAUUACCAGCAAGCUGUUCUAACUGAUGAACUUUAUGCUCUGGGGGUGUUUGAUGGGCUCCAUACAGUGCAUGGCACCUACUACGUCCAGGCCUGUGCGUUAGUGAAGUGCAGCGGUCUCAGCUUUAGCACCUGUGGACAGGAGGUUACAGAUGCCACUGCUCUGAUAGAUUUCCAGCUCUGGGGAAAUAUGAGUACCCCUUACAUCUUUCCUUUGCUGCUUACAUCUGGCAUUACCUUGGACUUUGCUGAUCACAGGGGCUGGAAAAACAACCACUAUUUCAUGAGCAAAAAUAGAACAUCUGCUGGCCUGCUGACAGCUGCUCUGUAUGGACGAUGGUAUGAAAAGGACUAG